CACAUCUUCCUCCCGAGGCGAGAGAGCGAGCGGGAGAGCGGGAAUGGAGUCCUAUUACGCUCCUCUUCUCGAGAAAACCCGUGUCCCGCAGCCCUCCUUCCAGCGCCUGGCGGUUGUCUCCAUCUUCCAGAAGCUUCGCGCGGCCCCUACUCCCCUCGGCCUGGACUCCGGGCCUGGCCACCAUGCCCUCUCCCACUGCCUCCACUCCCCUUCCGCCGCCGUCGCCGACCAGGCCGUCCGGGAGCUUUGCCUCCUCGUCCGCGACGGCCACCUCACUGCCUCCGCCGGCCUCGUCGAGCUCCAGUCCGGCCUCGAAGGCUGCGAUCCACGGUUCGCCACCGUCUUCAUCAAGGGGAUCGGCUUCUUGGUCCGCUUCGCGUUCAAGAGCGAUCCCUCGUGGGGCCGCCGCUUCGAUCCCGUCGAGCUCCAUCCCUUCGUCAAGGUUCUUUCAUGUCAGGCAGAGGUGCAGGCAGAGCUCAUACAGCAAGUUAUGUUGUUCAUCGCACAGAAUAAGUCCGUUGGGAUGGAGGACGUCUCGAGGUUCUUGAGGCCAUUUCUCACAUACUCUGUUCUACGAAAACAAUCCUCAUCUUUUGCGAGGGAUUUGAUAUCGUCGAUCGCAUCAUUGUCUUGCUCGUUUCUGUCUGAAGCUGCUUGCAUUAUGAAGCUUCUCACAGGAUGCCUAAAAUACUUCCCCUGCAGUAAUGAAGAGGAUUUUAAGUACCUCAUUGCUUGUGCUGAGUAUUUGGUGGAUGCAUUCAUGGUGCUCUUGAAGAAAAUAAUUUCUACUAAAAUGGUAUUUUCUGUGCACCCUGUAGUUAGUCAGGUCUUUGUUUCUAACAAGCACCUAAUUACUUUCUCAUUAUGGACAUGUAUAUUUUCUGGCGUUGUAGCAUAUCUUUCUGUCCAAAUCCUAAGAAGCACUCAUCAAAGUUUCGUGUAAUGUCACCAUGUUGGC